UCUCUCUCUCUCUCUCUCAACUCUCUUCGAUUUCCGUCGUCUUCCAUGGUAACUUCUCAAGCAAAUCUCCAAUAGCUUGUCGAGCUCAUCAUCCAAUACUCGAACACAAUUAGAAGUCCAAUCACUAUACGCAUGUCAAUCAAUAUAUAAAAUAUUAAUGAAAAUCUCACUUUCGCUAUCUAUCAGUCUUCAAUUACCUUCUCUUUCUCUCCCUCUUUCUCUCUCUACGUUUGCAUAUAUACGAAACAUAUUGCUCUGUUGCAGAAAUCUAGGUACAGUCUUGGCAAGAGAAUUCAUGCUCGCAGAUAACUUUCAUGGCUGACCCUAAAUGGAGACGAUCAUUCAUUUAUCGAUUCAUUCCCACUGCAAUUUUGAUUUCUGCUGCUUUCUUCAUAGGGAGUGCAUUCAUUGUUCUAGAUUAUAAACAGAAGUAUUCAAGAUUGCGAGUUGUUGAUGCUGUGGAGAUGACAAAACCUAAUAUUUGUGAGAAUCAGUGCAGACCUGAUGGGAGUGAGAUUUUGCCUAGCGGAAUUGUUUCUAGAACUUCUGACUUGGAGAUGCGGCCAUUAUGGGGCCCACGAAACAAAAAGAAAUCAAAGUCACCAAUGAACUUGUUGGCAAUGGCAGUUGGAAUAAAGCAAAAGAACAACGUGAAUAAAACUGUCAUGAAGUUUCCGGCAAAUGAUUUUGUCAUUAUGCUUUUCCAUUAUGAUGGUAUGGUGGAUGAUUGGAGGGAUUUUGAAUGGAGUAGUCGUGCCAUACACGUCUCCGCUGUUCAUCAAACUAAAUGGUGGUUCGCCAAGCGGUUCCUGCAUCCAGAUGUUGUGUCAGAGUAUGCUUACAUUUUCCUUUGGGAUGAAGACCUUGGGGUUGAAAAUUUCAAUGUUGCACGAUAUUUGGCAAUAAUUAAAGAAGAAGGGCUUCAGAUAUCACAGCCAGCGCUUGAUCCUCGUAAAUCGAAGGUGCAUCACAGACUUACAGCACGACAAAAGGGUUCAAAAGUUCACAGAAGGAUUAUUAAUUCAAGUGUUGCUAGGAAGGGGUGUAAUGCAAACAGUACACAGCCUCCAUGCACUGGGUGGGUGGAAAUGAUGGCUCCUGUUUUCUCCAAGGCAUCCUGGCGUUGUGCAUGGUAUAUGAUUCAGAAUGAUCUAGUUCACGCAUGGGGAUUGGACUUCCAGCUUGGUUACUGUGCACAGGGUAACCGAACUCAAAAUAUAGGAAUAGUUGACUCUGAGUUCUUGGUUCACCAGGGUCUUCCUACACUUGGGGGUUCAGCUGUAAACCAGAAAAAUACUGAAGCAAUCAGCGAAGCUUCUCAAAAUGGAAACUUGCCAAACGGAGGAGCAAUGGCACCAUCUGUGUCUCAUCAACCCAAUACAAGAGAUAAGGUGAUAAAGGAGUCCUAUAUUGAGCUAAAAAGAUUUAAAAACAGAUGGAGAAAAGCGGUUAGAGAAGAUAAAUGUUGGGCUGAACGCAUCAGCAACCAUUGAAGACUAGCUGAAUGUGGCACCUGACUAUACUGGUAGUUCUUUUUUCUUUGUAAUAAAAAAAGUAUAGAAAGUUUCUCUAGGAAAAAAAAACAAGUAUAGAUGUUAUGUAAAUUGCAGUGACAAAUUCUUAUUGUUCUUGCGAUGAUGAUUCUAUAUAAAUAAGUAUAGGUGUGAUUUUUUUCUUCUGUACAUUGUUUUCUGAUGAAUCUUGG